UUUCCGUUAGGGAGCCCGGGCGGCCUCCGGCUGCGGCGGCAGCAGCGCGCCCUGCGCCCCCUCCCGCCCAGUCCCCUCCCCCUGUGGCUCUCGCUCGCCCUCUUCCCUCCCCCGGCAGCGUCGGCCGCCUCCGGGUGCGCAGGGCAGCGCUCGGCACGCGAACCCCUCCUGCAGGCGCCCCGGCGCCACUCGAGCGUCGAGCCCCGGGCGCGCGUGUCGUCCCCCCCCGCCCCGCAGCCGCCGAGCGACGAUGAGCCGAGGCGCGGGGGUCGCGGAGAGCAGUGAUGAUCGCAGUGCCUCUUCAGAAGAAAAAGAUUGCCCCAGUUGCAACCUAGAUACUUCAAAGGACUCUAAAUCAGGUGACGACAGCAGUUCUGAGAGCAGUUUGGAAAGUGAAUCUGAUAACGAGGAGCCAAAACCAGAAAAAACAAAUGGGGAGCUAAGAGAGUCUUCCACCGAGGAAGCGUCUAAUCAGGUUGAAGAAUGGGAGGGUAAAGAAUUGCCCACAGAUCAUUUUAAUUCAGAAUUUAAUGAAAUCCAAUCUCACUGUGAACACUGUAAUGCUGAAAAUAAACACAAUGAACUAGUGACCCCCAGGCUCCUUUCCCGGGGACAGUUUUUACUGAAGGUGGACACAGAGGGAACUUACCAGUGCACGGAGACUGGUCUGAUAUUUGAGGUUAACAGAAAAGUUGACAUCAAGUAUUGCGUCCUGUCCUGGAGCAAAUACGCGGACCUGGUUGUGAAGCCCUGGGUUGUCGGUGGACCCUUGUUUGAUGUUAAAUGUGACCCAACCUGUCUUACCUCCAUUCAUUUUCCACAUUCCCUCUGCUUGGGUCACUGCGAUGCCAACAUGAUGUUCAAAGUCUUACAUGUUAAAAGUACUGGGGCCUUGUUAGAAUAUACUGUGGACCAUUCUGCAACCCAUGUCAAAUGGCACGUGAGCUCUCUUUCUCCUGUGGGACCUGUUAUUCAAAGCGAAGAAACAGUAUUCCACCACGGGGCCGUGAUCCUGUACAAAGCCAUCGACCAUAACCCAUCCUUGUCUUUUCGAGUGUACAUAGCAACCAAUAAUGAGUCCUUCAUCAAGGAUAUUUCCAAGUCUGUAAAGCACUCCUCUAAGAAAUUCAUGAAAAUCGACAAGCCUCCUGUUUGCCAGAAGUUGUUGCAGAAUGGGAAGAAGUACAGGCUGAUCAGUGAGCCAGAAGCUGAAAUCACCCCCGAGGAAAUUGAAUUUGUGGAUGGUUCACUUUUAAAAUUGAAAAGUUAUAGUGAAGUGUAUUUGGAGCAACCAGCGGAGUUUAAAUUACUUUUGGUUGAAAUGGAUUCCGAGGAAAUUGUAUGGAAAGCAAAACUGAGAGAGUGUGACUGGGUUCAGCAUGAUCAGAACCCGAACGUUUCGAAAAGCGGCACAAGUGGUAAUAGGAGACGAAAAAUGAGUAGCAGCUUACCUGAUGAGGUGGUCUAUGAUAAAAGAAUGAAGCAGAUUGACACUUCAGAUGGAGUGAAGACUAAAACCUUGUUAACAGACACUCAGUUGAUUAACCUUGCUGAGAAGUUGGGGAAGGAGUGGGUAAAGAUUGCCAUUGCCAACCUGAAGUUGAAGAUUAGCGAUAUUGAUGCUAUCCUGGAGAAGAAAGAAGAUGUCACGAUCAAUAAGUUUAGGAUGCUGAAGAGGUGGCAAGAAAAGGAGCAGAGUAACGCCACAGCUCAGAAUUUAUGGAACUGCUUGAAAAACGUCAGUUCAGUUGAAGUCCAAGAUGUGCUGAAAGGUUUCUUACAGGAAACGUGAAGUUUGGAAGAUGAGCUGGAAAAGGAAGCUUCAGGAACUUUUACCUGCAAAGACCCUCGCCGUGGUAAUUGGGUGUAGGCUCCGGAACCUAGAGCUGCACAGCCUGUGGAAGCAGCUCCUUUCACAGGCUGCCCACAGCUCACAUUAUUCAGGGGCAAAGGGAAUGAAAUAUUUGGAAACCUUGAGGAAGAAAAAAACCUCUGCAAUAUCAAGAUUUUUUUUUUUUGUAC